AAGACCAUGUGAAUGGGGCCAGAGGGCUCCUGGGCUGGGCAGGGACCAUGGGCUGUAGCUGCAGCUCAAACCCUGAAGAUGACUGGAUGGAAAACAUCGAUGUAUGUGAGAACUGCCAUUACCCCAUAGUCCCACUGGAUGGCAAGCCCAUGCUGUCCAUCUGGAAUGGCUCUGAAGUGCGGGAUCCACUGGUCACCUACGAGGGCUCCAACCCCCCAGCUUCUCCACUGCAAGGUGACUUCAACCAGCAGGGCCUGGAAGAGAAGUCCAGUGGACCCUUGGCUGUCAGCCUCCAUCUCCUCACCUACUCACCACCUGUCCUUCCUCCUUCCCCCUCAGUCUUGUCGGCUACCAUGUAACUCCUGAACUUGAGCUCCCAGCCUAUUCCAGGCAGGUUCUCCCUGACUCCCCCUGUCUUUACAGACAACCUGGUUAUCGCCUUGCACAGCUAUGAGCCUUCCCACGAUGGAGACCUGGGCUUCGAGAAGGGUGAACAGCUACGUAUCCUGGAGCAGAAUGGCGAGUGGUGGAAGGCGCAGUCCGUGACCACGGGCCAGGAAGGUUACAUCCCCUUCAACUUUGUGGCCAGAGCGAACAGCCUGGAGCCCGAACCCUGGUUCUUCAAGACCCUGAGCCGCAAGGACGCGGAGAGGCAGCUCUUGGCGCCCGGGAACACGCACGGCUCCUUCCUGAUCCGAGAGAGUGAAAGCACCACGGGAUCUUUUUCACUGUCCGUCCGGGACUUCGACCAGACCCAGGGAGAAGUGGUGAAACAUUACAAGAUCCGUAACCUUGACAAAGGAGGCUUCUACAUCUCCCCCCGCAUCACUUUUCCUGGCUUGCAUGAGCUGGUCCGCCAUUAUAUGAAUUCUUCGGACGGGCUGUGCACGAGGUUGAGCCGCCCCUGCCAGACCCAGAAGCCCCAGAAGCCGUGGUGGGAGGAUGAGUGGGAGGUUCCCAGGGAGACGCUGAAGCUGGUGGAGCGGCUGGGGGCUGGCCAGUUCGGAGAGGUGUGGAUGGGGUACUACAACGGGCACACGAAGGUGGCAGUGAAGAGCCUGAAGCAGGGCAGCAUGUCCCCCGAUGCCUUCCUGGCCGAGGCCAACCUCAUGAAGCAGCUGCAACACCAGCGGCUGGUCCGGCUCUACGCGGUGGUCACCCAGGAGCCCAUCUAUAUCAUCACGGAAUACAUGGAGAAUGGGAGCCUGGUGGAUUUUCUCAAGACCUCCGUAGGCAUCAAGCUGACCAUCAACAAACUCUUGGACAUGGCAGCCCAAAUUGCAGAGGGCAUGGCAUUCAUUGAAGAGCAGAAUUAUAUCCACCGUGACUUGAGGGCCGCCAACAUCCUGGUGUCUGAUACCCUGAGCUGCAAGAUCGCAGACUUUGGCCUAGCACGCCUCAUUGAGGACAAUGAGUACACAGCCAGGGAGGGGGCCAAGUUCCCCAUUAAGUGGACAGCACCAGAAGCCAUUAACUAUGGGACAUUCACCAUCAAGUCGGACGUGUGGUCUUUCGGGAUCCUGCUGACGGAGAUUGUCACUCACGGCCGCAUCCCUUACCCAGGGAUGACCAAUCCUGAGGUGAUUCAGAACCUGGAGCAAGGCUACCGCAUGGUACGACCUGACAACUGUCCAGAUGAGUUGUACCACCUUAUGAUGCUGUGCUGGAAGGAGCUCCCGGAGGACCGGCCCACCUUUGACUACCUGCGCAGCGUGCUGGAGGACUUCUUCACAGCCACAGAGGGCCAGUACCAGCCUCAGCCUUGAGGAA